AUGUCCUCAUGGGAGGAAAUUCAGGCCGUGAAAGUGAAGCGCAACAGCUUGCGCGAGAAGCUGGAGAAGCGCAAAAAGGAACGGCAAGAUUUGUUCGGCAACAACAGCCCGGGACCGGGCGGCGGCGUGAGUUUGAUCAAACUGGACCCGGGCAACAGCCUGCUGGGCGAAGACAGGGACAUCGAUGCCGAGGUGGAGAAAUGUUUGGUGCAGGUCCUGGCGGAUCGAACGUUGAUAUUGCCCACCAACUCGGCGCAGAUCACGGAGCGGGUGGAAAAGUUCAUCCAAAAGUCGGUGCUGCGCGAUUCCGUGGCCUACUACCUCCACAAGCUGGCCGGCCAGAGUUUGGUCAACAUAAAGGAGGUCAGCAUCGGCGGAACGGUCGGGUACGAGGUGAUCUCGGUCGAGCACGCCAACCUGCAGGUCCUGUACGAUGAUAUGGGCAUCAACCGCGCUCCGAUGCUGGCGCUGGCGGCGGGGCGGGAACCGAACAAACGGAAGGCGCCACUCGGUGAGAAAGAGGCCGAACUCGGUGGCAAAGUGGCCCGCACGGGUGCGAACAGCAAAGAGGAUCGGCGGGGCAAUGCGGUGGAUUCGUCGUCGGCGUCGUCCGCCUCAUGCCAGGCGUCCGAUAUUAUGUCCCUGCUGUCACUGCCGUCGACGCGCGAAAAGCAGAGCAAAAAGGUGGGCGAAGAAAUCCUCGAGCUGCUGUCCAAACCGACGGCGAAGGAGCGCUCGUUGGCGGAAAAGUUUAAAUCUCAGGGCGGCGCCCAGGUGAUGGAGUUCUGUCCGCACGGGACGCGCAUCGAGUGCAUCCGGUCGCUCGAAACGCUGUACGCCAACGAAUCGUCCUCGUCGCCGGGGCCAACCGACAAGGACGAUAGUCGCGACGGUGUCGAUGGCGGCCGCGUUGUCGUCAAGAAAGAACGUGACGGAGAUGAUGGUGCGACGAUUACCAGGACGGAAGAACAAAGUAAAAAUGGCACCGAAAGCAGUGCCAGUAGUGAGGACGUGAAAAAAGAGCCGUUUGAGCCGGUGGAGUCCCCCGAGCGCAGCCCGGUGGUGGGGCUGACCGAGAAGGCAAAGUAUCAGUGCAACAAGCUGCACUUCAAAAAGAUCAUCCAGAACCACACGGACGAAACGCUGGGCGAUUGCAGCUUCCUCAACACCUGCUUCCACAUGGACACGUGCAAGUACGUGCACUACGAAGUCGACACGUACGUGGGCCAAACGGCGGCCAGUCAGGCGCCGGUAAAGUUUGAAACACCCGGCGGCGACGGCGAGGACGAAGCGCAUGUCGGUGCCAAGCGGCCCAUCACCGAUCCGUGCGCCACGCUCUAUCCACCGCAGUGGAUCCAGUGCGAUCUGCGGUACCUCGAUAUGACGGUACUGGGCAAGUUUGCAGUGGUCAUGGCCGACCCGCCCUGGGACAUUCACAUGGAGCUGCCGUACGGGACGAUGUCGGACGACGAGAUGCGCCAGCUGGGCGUACCGGCGCUGCAGGACGAUGGACUGAUUUUCCUGUGGGUGACCGGGCGGGCCAUGGAGCUGGGACGCGAGUGUUUGAAGCUGUGGGGCUACGAGCGGGUCGACGAGCUGAUAUGGGUGAAAACGAACCAGCUGCAGCGGAUCAUCCGCACCGGGCGCACCGGGCACUGGUUGAACCACGGCAAAGAGCACUGCCUGGUGGGGAUGAAGGGCAAUCCGCCCAAUCUGAACCGUGGGCUCGACUGUGAUGUCAUUGUAGCCGAGGUGCGGGCCACGAGCCACAAACCGGACGAGAUUUACGGCAUCAUCGAACGGUUAAGCCCGGGAACGCGCAAAAUUGAACUGUUCGGCCGACCGCACAACGUGCAGCCCAAUUGGAUAACGCUAGGCAAUCAGCUCGACGGCAUCCGACUGGUGGACCCGGAACUAAUCAGCUCGUUUCAAAAGCGGUACCCCGACGGUAACUGUAUGACCCCGGGAAAGAAUCCCUAAGCGCACUUGCAACCCUCCGCCCCACUGACU